AGGGGCGGGCCGAUGACGCAUAGGCAACAGGUUGUUUCGCACUGACAGUUUACUGUGGACUAUCCAUCCUCGCUCUCAAGUGAGCUUUUAGUUCAAAACAAACCUAGAAAAAGCUUAAUUAUUGCUUUGACUUUCGUAAAUCUACCCGAUACCACUGAAGCUUUCAAUAAACAGAACGCCACAAUGAGCUCAUUGUCUGCAGACAGAAAGACCCCUCUGGACUACGGUGUCCAGAUACGCUUCAUCAAAGAUCUGGACGAUGCCGGUGGAGGGUUUCCAGACAAGAGUCGAAUGACCAGUGGAGUUAGCAAUGGGACUUCCUCACCCUCUAAGUAUGGAGUAGCCGUGAGGGUGCAAGGAAUUUCAGGACAGCCGUACGUGGUGCUCCAGGACGGAGAAAAAGGAGACUCUUACGGGGUACAGCUGAAGACUCAACAGACCCAGAGCUCAACCCCAAUCGUCUCUCGGUCUUCCCCAUACCGCAGCUUGUUUCCAGAACAAAGGGAAGGUGCUCGAACCCCGCAGGAUCUCACAGCUGGCCAGUCUGUUUCUCCACAUGAGGAAUAUGGGAGCCCUUUAAAGAGGCCACCGGGUGACGGACAAGCGGGGAACCAAGGAGAGGUUGAGGCCAGGACUACAGAACGUCUCACCUUUUCUACACCACCUCCAAGGUUGGAGAAAAAAGACAGUGAUGAUUAUAAUGAAGCAGGGCUUAGGAAGAUCAAGCAAAACGGGAAUACUGGUAGUCUAAAUGGGGCAGGGAUAAAUGGGGCGCUCUCUCCGGCAGCUUCACUGGACGAGGAACCAGCACAACCUAUUGACACCAAGUCAUUGGCUCCCAUUAAUAAACUCAUCAGCCGGUUUGGUGGCGGUGACAUUCCCACUUCAGACACCCGAUCUCCUCCUCGCUUUGAUAGAGAACGAAUGCGCUCUCACAGUUUGGAUUUUCUGAACAAACCCAACGAUGACCCCCCACCAACGUCGCCAACUAUAAACCCCUAUGCUUCCAUUACACCAGCUACAGUGCCCAAACUCAACUCGCCUAAACCUUUAAACGGCAGUCUAGGACGAGAUUCCACCUCUGUCGCUAAAGUGACCGCCAUUCCCAAUUCCAAACCGCUCGCCUUUAGCCAAUCCCCAAAGUUGUUUGUUCCUAAGGAGGCACCACCUGCUUUACCCAAGAAACCAGUGACCCCUGACCUCAUAAAGAGCCAGCCCUCGAGCACAGAGAUUGGAAAUGGAGAGGAUGCUCAGACCAAACAAGCAAUUUACAACAUUCUUAAAGAAGGGUCUGCUGAGAGUGAAGCAACUAUUAAACGCAAAGUGAGCCUCAUUCACGAAAGGUUCUGUGGAGUGAAGGGUCCUCAGAUUCUGGUGACUGACAGCAAUGUAAAGGCCGAACUGGAACAGGCUUUGAACAAGAACGCACAGUUUCAACAAAUGCUGGACAGGAGCAAGAGAGAACUGCUGGAAACCCAGGACCAAUUGGUGGAGCUGCGGAUGGACAGAGAGAGGGCGGAGUCUCGCUUACGGCUGCAGGAAGAUGAAUUAGCUCACCUCCAGGAAGAUCUCAGGAGAAUGUCGGAAAAUAUGCCCCAGUCUGACACAUUGCAAUUGGAUUUGAUGACAGUCCAAGCAGAUCUGUCUGAGUCUCUGAUGCUCAGACAGAAAGUGGAGGACACUCUGAGACAGAGAGAGAGAGAGCUCACCGCUCUGAAAGGAGUCCUGAAGAACGAGGUGGAGUCACACGAUAAAGAGAUGGAGGCCUUGAGGGAGCAAUACAGCCAAGACAUGAACGCAUUACGUCACAGCAUGGAGACCGUCUCACAGUCUCAGCUGGAGAUCGAGGAGGAACGUCAGAAGGUCAACUCCUCCAUCUUGGCUCUGGAGGAGGAGCUGGAGAGUUACAAAGAUCAGAGCGAUCACUGGAAAGAGAAGUUCAGUUCAGUUAACCAAGAGCGGGGGCAGCGCAGUGCACUUCAGAAACUUCUGCAGGCUCAGCAAGACAAGAAACAACUCGAAGAGAAACUUCAGGCAAUUAAAAAUCAAACUGAUCAAACCGAUUCAAACUCUUUAACACGGGAGUUGCAGUGCUGCCAAGAUGAUUUGAAUAAAGCUCGUUCAGAACUGGACAGACAAAAAGCAGAGAUUGCGAAAAAAGAGGAGGAGCUUAAAUCAGUAACGAGAGCCAAUGAGGAGCGAGUACAUGAACUGCAAAUAGAGAUUAACAGACUAAAAGACCAAUCGAAGAACGACAAAGAAGAACUUGCAAAAGCCCUAGAGAAGAAACAACAGACCCCCACUUCUGAUUCAUCUUCUGAAACCUACCUGGAACUCCAAGAGGACAACGUUCGCUUAAGAGAGAGACUCGCUCGCGUGACACGCCUGCAAUCCAGCGGUCCUGACAGCAGCUUCUCGGACGUUCUUGAGGAGGAGAACCGAAGCCUGAGGACCCAGCUGGACGAAUCUCGGCGCACAGUGUCACGUCUCGGGCAGGAGAAAGAAGAUGUCAGCCGGCGACUGGAGGAGAGGGAGAGAGAGAGAGAAGCUCUGAAGCGCGGGAAGAUCGACUUGGAGGAGCAAAAGAGACUGCUGGACCGAUCGCUGGAGAAGAUCACUAAGGAGAUGGAAGCUAUGAUGGGAGAUUCACGUCAGUCUGUGCAGGUCCUUCAGUCUCAGCUGGAUGAGUAUAGAGAUCGUUCACGUCGAGAGCUCCAGGAAGCUCAGAAACUCAGUAAAGAGAGACUAACUGAGCUGCAGAGAUCUCAGGCACUUCUCAAAACCACUCAGGAGGAGGUGUCUCGUCUGAAGAAAGAUCUGUCAUCGUGCUCAGAAGAGAGGGAUAACGCUCAGCUGGAUAAAGAUCUGCUCAGUAGUCGUCUCAAGAACCUGGAGAGUGAGGUGGAGACCAAGAAAAGCUCGUACACGGAUCACAGCCGGGAGAUCCGCCUGCUGGAGGACAAAGUGAAAACAUUAGAGAUCGAGCUGGAUGAAGAGAGGAGUGGAACGGAGUUACUGAAUGAACGCAUCACUCGCGGUCGGGAACAGGUGGAUCAGCUCCGCUCUGAACUGAUGCAGGAACGUUCAGCUAGAAAUGACCUUGAGAUGGAUAAGAGUGCCUUAGAGAGACAGGUAAAAGAGCUGAAGUCUCGAUUGGCUGAUUUUGGCACUCAGACUCGACCUUCUGCUGGAGUUUCACUGUUGGAAAAUAAAGUUCAGGAGCUGGAGGAUCGAUUGCGUAGUGAAGAGAGAGAGAAAAACACAAUUCUGGCAGCUCAGAAGAGACUGGACAGAAAACUUAAGGAUGUGACCGCAACCCUGGACCAGGAGCGAAAUCAACACGCCGGACAGAGAGACCAGCUGUCUCUGCGGGUGAAGGCUCUGAAGCGUCAGCUGGAUGAGAGCGAGGGAGAGGUGGAGCGUCUGGAGAGCAUCAGACGAAAGGUUCUGCGGGAGCUUGAAGAGCAUCGGGAGCAGCAGGAGGUUCUGCAGGCCAAAGUGAACGCGCUGGAUAAUGAGCUCAAGAGGAAAGUCCAGCAAUCACGACGCCCAACUUUCGGAUCCACCCUGAGUUCUGAGGAUGAGGACAGUUACUCUGAUUCAAAAAGCAUUACGUCCAUCCUGACUGAAACGCCACUUCAGACCACCAACUGUUAGCGACUUAAUGUUGUACGUGUUUACCGUUUUAUAGUAAAUGUAAAAAUGAGGAAAAUAACACGGAAGAUUGCUGCUCUUCAUUAUAUUACAAAGAGUCAUGAAGGAUAAAACUGAAGUGAAUUUAGCGCAAUAUGAAUGUGAACGGUGAGAAGCUGGUGUGGACUUUCUCACGUGAUGUCGUGCAUGGAGCCCCAUAAAAAGUGUUACAGAACAAAAGCAGACCGUGCACAGAUUUGUUGCUUGUUUAUUAUAGGAAGUUUGUUCCUAUUUCCUCUCAAUGUUCUUGACUGUGACCGAAAUAGCUUACAGACAUUUUGUAGCGGUGUCUGAAAUUAUAGUGGACAUUAUCGAGUUUGCGUAUUCACUUCUCUCUGUUAGGCGCGUGCCAAAUGAACUCCCGCGUCUUGUCACAAGAUGGCGCCUGCAGCGCUUUCGGCUGUAUGGUGCUAUUUCGGACACAGUCUUUGUUUUUUUUCUGUGUUUGAGUGUCAUGAUACAUUUGUUUUAAGAAGUUUUAUUUUAUUUGUACAACACGUGAGUUGUUAAUUUGGGGGUUUUGCAGUCAUAUGAUGUGAAAAUAUAUGAAGGAUUUCUCAACAUACGGUACAUGGUGGAAUGUAUUAAACAUAGGCUACAAAAAUGGUGCAGAUUCACAAAUGGUACUGAAGCCUAAAAUCACAAAAUUUCAUAUGUGCACAAAACGACAAUGUUUUCAUCAAUCUGGAUGAUUGACAGCUUUUGUCCCUUUUUGUAUUGGGAUAAACAACAUUCCUAAAAAAGAUUUCUCAUGUGUUCCAGUGAAGAAAGUCAUGAGCUUGGAAUGGCAUGAUAUGUAUGUGAGUAAAUGAUGACAGACACUUUUGUUUCCUUUAUGCAAACUAUAAUGAAGGACUUUUAUUUUUAACUCAUGCAAAUUAAUUCUACAGAACUGAACUUGACAACAUUCGUGCCAAGACAGAAAAAGACAAAUCUUUUGAUGUAAUGGCUUUAAAAUGAAAAAAUAUUUGCCUUAACUUUUUAAACACUGCUAAUAAAAAUCUCAAGCUGCUUUUUUAAAUAAUUUUCAGAAUCUAUAUAAACCUGUCUGUUUUUUUAUCUCUUUAUAUGAGUGUUUUGGAUGACAUAUUUUCUUUUACACUAUAAAAUAUUACAUUUAUAUGUGUAUAUACUGUCUCAUGUUUAAAGUUCAACUCUGCUAUGUUCUUCUGUGUUUCUACUGUAAUUUAAUGUUACAUAAAGUCUGUUUAUACCUGUAA